UGAGUGUAGCUUCCAUUAGCCAUAUCCAUUCUUCACUGCUUUGCUGUAUCAGUUUCAGUCCACUGGUACGCUUAUUGCUUCUCUCUCUCUCUCUUUCUCUCUCGCUCGCUCGCUUGCUUUCUGGGUAUGUGUGUGUAUAUGAGAUUGAUCUUUGAUUGUGGUUUGAGUGUAGUUUUUAUGGUGGGAUGUCAUCUCUCGGCGCACAAAUGCUGUCUCCAUUGGAAAGUGGACACAGGGUUUGGGAGGAUCCGUCAUUUACAAAGUGGAGAAAGAGAGAUCCUCAUGUCACUUUACACUGCCAUGAAUCUGUUGGAGGAUCUCUUAAAUACUGGUACGAGCGAAAUAAAGUGGAUGUUUUGGUAUCCAAGUCUGCUGUUUGGAAUGAUGACGCUGUUCAAGGAGCUCUUGAUUCUGCUGCUUUUUGGGCUAAGGACUUGCCUUUUGUCAAGUCUUUGUCUGGGUUUUGGAAAUUUUUUUUGGCUCCAAGCCCUACCAAAAUUCCUAUGAAAUUUUAUGACCCGGCAUUUCAGGACUCUGGGUGGGAAACUUUGCCAGUUCCUUCAAAUUGGCAGACACAUGGGUUUGAUCGUCCCAUUUAUACCAAUGUGGUAUAUCCAUUUCCACUUGAUCCUCCACACGUUCCUGAGGAUAAUCCUACUGGCUGCUAUAGAACAUGCUUCCAAAUUCCUAAAGAAUGGCAGGGUCGUAGGAUUUUACUGCACUUUGAAGCUGUUGAUUCUGCAUUUUGUGCUUGGAUAAAUGGUGUGCCUGUGGGAUAUAGUCAGGAUAGUAGGCUACCUGCAGAGUUUGAAAUCACAGAUUACUGUUAUCCAUAUAAUUCCGGCAAAAAUAAUGUUCUGGCUGUUCAAGUUCUAAGAUGGUGUGAUGGGUCUUACCUUGAAGAUCAAGAUCAUUGGUGGUUAUCUGGUAUCCAUCGUGAUGUGCUGCUUCUUGCCAAGCCACAGGUAUUUAUCACAGACUACUUUUUCAAGUCAAACCUGGCUGAAAAUUUUACUUCUGCAGACAUACAGGUUGAAGUGCAUAUAGAUAGCACCCGAGAAAUACCUAAAGACAAAAUUUUUGGCAACUUCAUCAUAGAAGGUGCAUUAUAUGACACUGGAAGCUGGUACAGUAGUGAUGGAUCUGCUGAUCUUCUUUCCUCGAAGGUGGCUGACAUAGCACUUAAUCCCUCCUUUGAUCCAAUUCUGGGAUUUCUUGGUUAUGUGCUAGUGGGGAAACUAGAAAAGCCGAAGCUUUGGUCUGCAGAGCAACCGAACCUUUACAUUCUUGUUCUCACCCUCAAAGAUGCAUCUGGGCAUAUGGUUGACUGUGAAUCAUGCCUAGUAGGCAUAAGACAGGUGUCAAAGGCACCUAAACAGCUGCUUGUUAAUGGUUGUCCAGUUAUAAUAAGAGGAGUGAACAGACAUGAGCAUCAUCCACGUGUUGGGAAGACAAACAUAGAGUCCUGCAUGGUGAAGGAUCUGGUUUUAAUGAAGCAAAACAACAUCAAUGCUGUUAGAAACAGUCAUUACCCCCAGCAUCCCCGUUGGUAUGAGUUGUGUGAUGUUUUUGGCAUGUACAUGAUAGAUGAAGCCAACAUUGAGACACAUGGUUUUCAUCUUUGUGGGCAUCUAAAGCAUCCUACUUCAGAACAUAGUUGGGCUACUGCAAUGACUGAUCGUGUGAUAGGGAUGGUGGAGAGAGAUAAAAAUCAUGCAUGCAUAAUUUCUUGGUCUUUAGGAAAUGAGUCCUCAUAUGGACCUAAUCAUUCUGCUGCAGCAGGUUGGGUUCGUGGAAAGGAUACCUCUCGGUUAUUGCACUAUGAAGGUGGUGGAUCCAGAACUACAUCUACAGACAUCAUAUGCCCCAUGUAUAUGCGUGUCUGGGACAUAGUGAAGAUUGCAAAAGAUCUGACAGAACCACGUCCUUUAAUAUUGUGCGAGUAUUCACAUUCAAUGGGAAACAGCAGUGGAAAUAUAGAUGAAUAUUGGGAAGCAAUUGAUGGCACAUUUGGUCUCCAAGGAGGCUUCAUCUGGGAUUGGGUUGACCAGGGGUUGUUGAAGGAAAGCUCAGAUGGUAGUAAGCAUUGGGCUUAUGGAGGUGACUUUGGGGAUACCCCUAAUGAUUUGAACUUCUGUCUGAAUGGUCUUACAUGGCCGGAUAGAACUCCGCAUCCUGCCUUGCAUGAAGUCAAGUAUGUGUACCAAGCAAUCAAGGUUUCCCUCCAGGAAAGCACAAUUAAGAUAACCAACACUCACUUUUUUGAAACAACCCAAGGACUGGAGUUUAGCUGGGCUGCCCAUGGUGAUGGAUAUGAACUUGGUUCAGGAAUUCUAUCACUUCCACUUAUAAAACCCCAGAGCAGUUAUGAUAUAGAAUGGGAGUUGGGCCCAUGGCAUCCUAUGUGGGCUUCAUCUUCUGCUGGAGAAAUUUUUUUAACAAUCACUGCUAAGCUUUUGCAUUCAACACGCUGGGUUGAGGCUGGUCAUGUUAUCUCCUCUACACAAGUGCAGUUGCCUCCGAGAAAUCAGAUAACCCCUUAUGUUAUUAAAGCUACAGAUGCUACAUUGUCUACUGAAACUAUUGAUGAUACAGUUAGAGUCAGCCAGCAGAAAUUUUGGGAGAUAACGUUUAAUAUUCAAACAGGAACUAUUGAAAGCUGGAAGGUUGAAGGAGUCCCUGUUAUGAAUAAAGGCAUAUCCCCAUGCUUCUGGCGAGCACCUACGGAUAAUGAUAAAGGAGGAGAUGAAAAUAGCUAUUACUCCAGAUGGAAAGCGGCUCGCAUUGAUAACCUUAAAUUUGAAACAAGAAGCUGUACCAUACAGAAUACAACUGAUCAUCUUGUGAAAAUGGAGGUGGUUUAUGUUGGUAUCCCAGGGGAUGAGGAUAGUUCCUCUGCUCAAAAUGCUUUAUUCAAAGUAGAUAUGAUAUACACAAUUUUUGGUUCUGGGGACUUGGUUAUUGAGUGCAGUGUCACUCCAAGCUCUGAUCUUCCUCCUUUGCCACGUGUGGGAGUUGAAUUCAGCUUGGAAAAAUCAAUGGCCCAGAUUAAAUGGUAUGGAAGAGGGCCAUUUGAGUGUUAUCCAGAUAGGAAAGCAGCAGCCCAUGUUGGGAUCUAUGAGAAGAAUGUGCGUGACAUGCAUGUUCCUUAUAUUGUUCCUGGGGAAUGUUCUGGUAGGGCAGAUAUUAGAUGGGUGACAUUUCAGGACAAGGAUGGAAUAGGAAUUUUUGCUUCAACAUAUGGUAGCUCUCCACCUAUGCAAAUGAGUGCAAGUUACUAUUCCAAAGCGGAGCUUGACCGGGCAAGACAUAAUAAAGACCUUCAAGGAAACGACAUUGAGGUUCAUCUGGAUCACAAACAUAUGGGUGUAGGUGGAGAUGAUAGCUGGACGCCUAGUGUCCAUGACAAGUAUCUGGUUCCUGCAGUACCAUACUCCUUCUCUAUCAGGUUAUGUCCAAUAACUGCGGCCACCACUGGCCUGCAGAUCUACGAAUCCCAAAUUCAAAACUAGGUGCAUCUUCUUGUUUUGCAUCACUUAAAUAAUGAUGAGCAUGUGUUCAUGCAUAAGAUGUUACUACAGAGAUCAUAUCUGGUUUCAUUAGGUUGGCCCUUAAUGAACUAAUGUUUAGAAAGUAACCUUAGUUCUGUAUCAAUGGCAUGCAUUCCGGUUAAUCUAUGUGAGCUUUGUUGGCAAUGGAAAA